CUUCCGCGACGUUCUGGGCUGCGAAUGAAGACAGAACCGAGGCGUCAGAAAGGAGCGGGCGAAUGGGCGCGGCGGUGUCAGCGGCAUGUUCUUAGCGUCCGGCAGGGCUAAGGGGCCAACUAGUGACAGAGGAGAGGAAGUGGUGUCGCUGAGCAAACGAGGGGAAGGCUGUAGGGAGCUAGGAAAAGGGCGCUGACCUCCAUAGCCUAGGAGGGGUAUACCCUUGUCCCCAGGAGGAGGGCAAGAAGAGAUGGGGUCCCAAGGGCAGGGCUCACACAGCAGGAAAACGAGGAGAGUGCCUCUCACGUCGUACCAGCUAAGAGCGGGGGCCGGAACCACUGGAGGACCAACUGCUGGGGUUUAUUCGGUAGCCAAGGAGGUUAAACCUUUGAGGGCCGGACCAGCCGGGACUGGAGCAGGGUGCGGCCUCCAGGGUUACUGGGCAGCGCCGAGACCCUUUGAGCACCGCACGGAUAAACCACGGGAACUUCCCGCACUUGCACAUUGUUCCCGCGAUUCGCAGGCACAAGUUCCUGAUGCUAGCGCUCACUUCAAAGCAGUCGUCCUCAGUGAACUACACAGUUGCCAUGACCUUAAGGAUGAAGGCUUGGAUUCCAGAUUUGCUAAGGGCCCCAGAAGGUCCUUUACACCAUAUCUUACUGUAAUAAACAAUCUUUUAAAGCAAGAGAAGUUAACAAAGGUGGAGACACGCCUUAAAGAAAAGACAAUGGCGAAAAUGUCCGAUCUGAACAAGCACAUAAAACAAGCUCAAAUCCAGCGGGACCAGCAGCUGGAAGACUGCAGGCAGAUAUACCAUGAAAAGUUACUUGUCCAGGCUGAAAACAGAUUAUUUCUGGAAUACCUGACUGACAAAACUGAGGAGUACAGAAAGCAACCCGAGAAGGUAUGGAACAGCUAUUUACAAAAAAAUGAAGAAAUUGAACGACGAAGACAACAAUCAGCCUACAGAUAUGCAGAGCAAAUGUCAGUGCUUAAAACAGAACUCUUGGAAAAGGAAAAGAUCCAAUCCAGUUUGAAGCAGAAGUUGCAGGCAAUGAAGGACAUUGCUAUGUUAAAGGAAAAGCAGGAGAAAGAAAUACAAACGUUACAGGAGGAGAAAAAGAAAGUCCAAGCUGAGACAGAGGCAAAGAAACGGGAAGUACAGGCCCAGCUCCUCCAGGAGAAAAGAUUACUGGAGAAACGACUGAGGGAUACAAGCAAGAGGCUACUGGGAAAGAGAAAAAGAAGAGAGCUUAAUAUGAAGGCCGGGGCCUUGGAGUUGACAGCAAAGCAGUCUCUUUUUGAAUACGCCUGUGGCAUCAAAAGAGAGAACCAGCAGUCACGGAAGGAAUUACUGCAGCUAACUGAGCAAUCCCAGAAACUAACGGCCACUGAAAGCCACUUAAAAAACCGGAAGCAGCAGCUGCAGCAGGAACAGUGUUAUGUGGAGAGCUUAAUCAGAGUGAGGCAGAGACUGCUAGGAAAGCAUAAUCAGUGCCUAAACAGACAGGAUGCCCCAAAGACCACACCCAGUCUUCCCCAAGCCACCAAAUCAAAGAUUAAUCCAGAGUAAUUCCUAAAAUAACACUGAUUAAAUAAGAACUGGAGCAAGUACUGUUAAAGUGCUACAUUAACCUGGUUAGGAAGGCUUUUGAAUUCCUGAUUCUAUUUUAAAAUCAUCAUCAUGUGUUGGUGUAAAGGAUUAGAUGCUUUUAUCCUACAGUCCUACUAGGUAUUUGGUAACCAGCUUUCCUUAGCUAGCUUUUUCUUUAAAUACUAUUGUUAAUAAACAAGAUAUUCCACAAACCUCUGGUUAACCUAAAACAUGACCCUAAGCUAGCCAUUUACCAUACAUCAAACCAGCCAACAAAAACCAACCUAAAUGCGGUAUCUUCCUGGAUAAAAAUUAAAAAAAAAAAAAGGCAACCUAAGGAAGUGAAAACAGUUGCGAUUUAUUUUAUCCAGCUAAAUUAGGUUUCUUUAUGAGACAGUACCUUUUGGGAUAGCAUUCCAAAUAGACUUUGAAUAGCAUUCUGCUCAGUAAAUAACCAAUAUCAGUUUAUUCUCAUUCCGUUUGACGGACUUAGCAGACAAAAGCAGUUCUUACAAACUCUUUGUACGUUUGUGCCAGUGACCAGGAAGCUCCUUCUAUAGUUUUCUCAUAAGUGAAAAAGUAUUCUGGUAACAGCAAGUCCAGUAAGUGCUAGGCAGAGUGACUUUUCAUCUGAUGCUAAGCCCUCCAAGUUUAGCUUUAAGUAAAUUGAGAAGGGAAGAGAAGAUAAAGGAGACGUACAUUACAUCAGCUGUUACUUACAGGUGUACUUUCUAGUACAUGAAGUAUUUUUUAUAAUUAAUGUGUGCCAUGUUUAUUCCCAUUUAGUCAAACUAUAAAUUGUAUUUUAAAUCAUAUAUUUUUAGGAUAUGUAUAUAUAUAUAUAUAUAAUAUGUAAAAUUCUACACCAUUGAAGUUGGACUAGUGAUUUAUUUGAAUGCUGAAUCCUAGUAUAGGAAUAUAAUCUCAAUAACAUUGGUCCUCUAUGGGGAAAUAGGAUCAACUCUGUUCCCCAGAAAUUGUGAUGAAAAACUUCAAAAUAAUUUCCUGAGUUUUCAGCUUGAUUUACAUGUAAAGUGAAUUCCCUUAAAAUUGGAUUUAAAAAGGAUUCUCCUUCAAUGUGUCUUUAUCUUCGAGCUUUAACAACUUUUCUGUUAAAUAUGUAGUUUCUUUAUUAAACAAUGUUAUUAAAUAAAAA